UUGCCCUCAACAUUGACGUGGCUCUAAUCCAGUGGCCUCUCAAGUCUUCUUCUUGGUCGCGUCGUUGCUACGAAAUAUUGUGCGAGCUUUUCAAAACUCUUCACUGUCAGCUCUCAGCUCUCUGCUCUCUGCUCUCUCUCUCUCUCACAAACAUGGCUAACAAGCACACCAUCAUUCUUAUGCAAACUUCACAGAACAAGGCAACGAGAACUUUUAUGGAUUAUGGUUCAAUAAGUCAAGCAAUGGAUGGUAUAUGUGGACUAUAUGAGAGGAAGCUCAGGGAGUUAAAUCCAGCAAUUAGAAAUAUCUCUUAUGACAUCGGAGAUCUCUACAAUUUUAUUGAUGGCCUUGCUGACAUGAGUGCUUUGGUUUAUGACCACUCAAUGCAGGCUUAUCUGCCAUAUGACCGACAAUGGAUUAAACAGCGGACACUCCGACAUCUACAGAAACUGGCACAUUAAAAGCUUGGUUGGGUAAUGAUUGCCGGAAGAGUAUUUUAUAAAAGGAGUACCUAUUGAAGUGUAUAAUUUGAGACAUCUGGGCUUUGCAGCUGGUCUGUGUUUAGUGUUGUACGGUUUCCCUUUCUGCACAUAUCUUUAAAUUAUCUGUCACUUAAAAGCAACUUUUGUUGCCUGGCUUUCUGUACUCGUUGUUUCAAAUGCUUGAUGUUGUGACAUUGGAUUUUGUAUUCUCUAACUUUGUACUUCAUUGUGUUAUAAUAUGAGAAAGAGUUUGCCACUGUUAA